AUUCUUAGUAUUACAACAUCCGGGUAUUAGGCAAGAAUGGAAUAUAGGUCACACCAAAUUUCUGUCAACAAAUAACAAAAACCUGUAACUUUUGUAAAGCAUAAGGAAUGGCGACUCCGAGGGUAUAUGGAAUGAGGUAUAUGCCAGGCGAACCCCCAGGGACAACCCGAGUGUUGCGAAUAAAGAUUCUGCAGGGUACCCAUUUGGCAAAGAAGGACAUAUUUGGAGCAAGUGAUCCCUAUGUAAGGAUUUCGUCAUAUCGAGGAGACAGAGAUUCGGGACUCUUAGACUCUGCUACUACAGCAACCAUUAAAAAGACAUUAAAUCCUGUGUGGAAUGAAGAAUUCUUCUUUAGGGUAAACCCCAGAGACAAUGUCCUGUUAUUCGAAGUGUUUGAUUCCAACAGAGUGACCAGAGAUGACUUCUUGGGACUAGUUGAAAUCCCUCUAAAUUACACAACAAUAGAGAUGGAGGACAACAAUUAUGUUAUAUCACCCAAGUCAUAUUUAUUGAGGCCCCGCAGCUCUAGAUCUCGAGUGAAGGGUAACUUGGAAAUUUACCUGGGGUUUAUAAACAUUGGUGAGGAGGAGGCUGAACAGGAAACACAGCAGGACGAUUCAGGGGCACAGAAUCCUACCGACUCCACAUGGGAAAUGGUGCAGCUAGACAAUGCUUUGGAAACACUGGAGACAAUUUCAUGCACCAAUGAUGCGUCGGGGGCUUCAGGUCCCACUAACGAGGAGCAGAAUGAACCUCUCCCCCCAGGCUGGGAGGUCAGAGUUCAUCAGCCAACAGGAAAAAAAUAUUACAUCAAUCACAACACCCGCAAAACACAGUGGAAUCCACCCCCAAGGGGGGAAAGAACGAGAAGCACCACGUUGCCACCAGAGUGGGAGGAGAGACAGGACUCGAAUGGCAGAAUAUACUACGUUAACAGUGUCACACGAGCCACUCAGUUCGAAAGACCCACAGAGGAAAGUCGUGAAAGCCCUACAGAGGAGGCGCAACAGAGAAGGAACGAGGCCGCGGAAUUAUUCCGCUCACGUCGACAUGUCAGUGUAGAGGAUACUAUUAGCAUGCACAGUGAGCUGGCCCUGCCCACCACAGCCACGGCGGUCAGAGCCCAGGAAGAGCCCGAGGAAAGGAGAGAGCGACGAUCUCCAAAUGUACGUGCAGCGUCGUUAGAUAGCUCAACAGCUCAUGGAGCAAGUGCAAUUACAAAUGAAGAACCUCUCCCUGCUGGCUGGGGUAUGAGUGUGGCUCCUAAUGGCCGUGUUUUCUACAUUAACCACAACAAUAGGCAGACCACGUGGGAAGACCCAAGAAAAUCACAGAGUCACCGGGCCAGUGUUAGGGGUACAGGAGACACCCCGGCCCUGGUCAGACGCAGUUCAUCAAAUGAAGACCUCCUACAGAAUCUAGGUCCCCUGCCUGCUGGCUGGGAAGAGAGAAUCCAUGCUGAUGGAAGAGUGUUUUACAUAAACCACAAUCUGAAGAUUACUCAGUGGGAGGAUCCAAGAUUAAGUCAGCUCGGUGGACCUGCUGUACCAUAUUCUCGAGACUACAAAAGAAAAUACGACUACUUCAGGUCCAAGUUACGGAAACCUAAUAAUAUUCCCAAUAAAGUGGACAUAAAGGUAUCAAGAGACCGAAUCCUGGAAGGUUCUUACAGAGCCAUCAUGUCAUUGAAGAGGACAGAUGUACUUAAAGCUAGGUUAUGGAUAGAGUUUGAUGGUGAGGUGGGUCUGGAUUAUGGAGGCGUGUCUAGGGAAUGGUUUUUCUUGCUGUCCAAGGAAAUGUUCAACCCUUACUAUGGCCUCUUUGAAUAUUCAGCCACGGAUAACUACACCCUUCAGAUAAAUCCAUUGUCAGGAUUGGCCAAUGAUGACCACUUGUCAUACUUUGAAUUCAUUGGUCGGGUAGCUGGGAUGGCCGUUUUCCAUGGAAAGCUGUUAGAUGGGUUCUUCAUACGUCCAUUUUAUAAGAUGAUGUUGGAGAAGCAGAUAGUUUUAGCAGACAUGGAGCCAGUGGACUCUGAGUACUACAAUUCUCUAAUUUGGAUCCAAGAAAAUGACCCCGUGGACUUGGAUCUGAGAUUCUCCGUGGAGGAGGACUACUUUGGGGAGAUCACUGAAAGAGAACUGCGGCCUGGUGGAGCAGACAUUAUUGUCACUAACGAAAACAAAUACCAGUACAUCAAUCUAGUCAUACAGUGGCGGUUCAUGUCCCGAAUUGAGGCCCAGAUGAAGGCUUUCAUGAGAGGAUUUGCAUGUUUGGUGCCAUUGGAAAUGAUCAAAAUAUUUGAUGAAAAUGAGUUGGAACUGCUGAUGUGUGGUCUACAGGACAUUGAUGUGAACGACUGGAAGGCUCACAGUGCUUACAAAGGAGAAUAUAACCCCAAUCAUCCCGUCAUUAUCAACUUUUGGAAGGCUGUGUAUUCACUAAACAAUGAAAUGAGAGCUCGCCUACUACAGUUUGUGACGGGAACGUCUCGAGUUCCCAUGAAUGGAUUCCGAGCACUGUAUGGAAGUAACGGCCCACAGCUGUUCACCAUUGAGAAGUGGGGCAAUACCAACCAGUUUCCACGGGCCCACACCUGCUUUAAUCGCUUGGACCUACCUCCAUACCUGGAUUACCAUGACCUAAGACAGAAGCUGCUCACAGCGGUGGAAAACACGCAAGGAUUUGAGGGCGUGGAUUAAGUUGUGAUUGACAGUUUCUUUGAGACUUAAUUUUCUAAAUAAGUAUGCAAGUUGCAAGGUGAAUACCGUGAGAAAACUGUGGCAUUAUUCUAGGUGUGUAGGUUUAUACCAGAAAAAAGGAUCCUUGGUUAUGUAUAAUCUGACUGUGAUCAGACUUGUGCAAUUUAUUAUUUAUGUACUCCUGUCAAAAGAGGUAUAGCUAUAUUUACUGAUCAGAGCUAUGCUAUUAUAGGAGUUCAUUGUAGUGCUUUGUAUUUGUUUAUAAAAAGAAAGUAAAGCUUUGUAUAUGAGUAUGUGUUACCAUGUUAAGAGCAGGGCCGUAAAUUACAUGGAGGCGGAGGAGGCAGCUGCCUCCUCCAACUUUUGAGCCAAAAAAAAUUAAAAUUUAAAGUUCAUUAGAAUUUAUGUUGUUUCCAAUAACUAAGAACAUGAUACCUCCCUUAAAAAGCAUUCCAAAUCUUUCUUUUAGAGUGAGUUAGUCAAGUAACAUCUUAGAAGGCCCUAGAAUCAAGGAUUUUGCACGAAACAUGUUCAGUGUGCACAAAAUGUGCUCAGCGUCUGGGGGCCUGGGCGGCCCCCAGACCCCCGCCUAAUUUCCUGCCUCCUCCAAAUUGAAGGUUAAUUUACGGCCCUGAAGAGUGCCAUUGUAACUUUCAAAAUCUAGUAUGUCCAUUCAAUAAAGAGAUCUUCGAUCUUAAAUUUUUAGUUAUUGCUACAGAUAAAGUUGAAUAUGUGUAUUUUUACCCAGCACAGUUUAACAUUUAGUUUGGUUACGAGGAAGAAUAUUUUAAUUUUUUUUUUACUGAAUUGCAGGAAAUAACAAAUUUGCAAAGGAAUAUAAUUUUUGUUUUCUUGGUUUUAUAUAUAUAUAUCUUCACAAAAUUCACAAAUGGGGAAAGUGAAUUAAUCUAAAGAAGGAAGACUCAAAAACCAUGAAAUCAACAUCCCAUAAUUAUAAACCCCCCCCCCCCCCCCCCCCAAAAAAAACAAAUGGUUCUUACGAUAUAGCACUCAAUUUGCAUGACUAUUUACUGAAAUCCAGCGGUGAUCAACUUUAAAUUGAAAAUUAUUUCAAGGCAAUAUAUGGUGCAUGUCUUUCUUGGUAAUCACUAAAACAAUAAAUUCCAGUAUCUUUUUGUACAGUGUAUUAUUUUCCCCCCGUAUUUUUUAUGAACCUGUUAUAUAUAUAUAUAUAUAUAUAUGUACAUUGUAUAUUAAGUUGUAAACAAGUUGAGAUAUGAUUUUAGAGCAGAGCCGUGGUAGUGUACACCAAUAAUUAUCGUAUGUAUAUAAGAUACUGUAUGCUAGUCUUAGGGAAUAAAGGUGUUGUUAUGAUACUUUUUAAAUUCCAUGUGUAUAUUGGAGCCAGGUCAGUUUUCACAUAUCCUCUUCCUAAGCUAAUUAUACACAGGAAUGAAUUAAACACUAUGUGAUAUAUAGUGUUGUAUGAUAUUACUGUAUCAGUAAAAGAUCACAGGGACUAUCAAAAGGAAUUUAAUUUCUUCUCUUUGUCAUUUUAAUCAUUGUUCACCCACUAUUAACUCUCCCAAGAAAGAAGAGAAACUGAUUUUGAAUUCUUUUUCUUUGUACAAUCAAUUUUAAUUCACAUGAUAUUCUCGACAGUUCUUUUUAUAGUGUACAUUUGCAUUUGCUCAAUUGUGAAUAACUUUUUACAUUUGUACAGUUCAUCUAUGUACUUAAUGAUAGUUAUGCUUGAUGUAUAAUGUUAAUUUAUUUUCAAAACAGAAAGUUGUGAUUUUUGUUCUCUACUUUCACUUUAUACUGAUUGUGAGAUAAAUUCUUAACGGCAUUUCAUGAAAUAAUUUUUAAUAUCUUUUAUUUGUUUUGUGCAGUUGAUAAGAUCAUGUAAGCAGUCAAUAGUAAAAACUGAAUAUGUUUACUUCGCAUCAAAGGCAGAAUAAUGUUACAUGUGUUUUAUUUUUGUUUUGCCAGCUACAGCUAUGUGAAUCUUCACAGAUCAAUCACUCUAUCAAGUUUUUCCUGUGUUGAUCAUGCAAUUUACAUGUGCAUUGGUAUUUAGAGAAAUUUGUAUAUAUGGGGCCUGUUUACAACUGUUAUGUACAUUUGUACCAUUUAUACUCCACUACAAACGUACAUGUUUUUAUACCUGAGACAAUGUGAUUAUUAAUUUACUCUCCACUAAUUUGCUAAUCAGGUCAUUCCUAGAGGUAUAAGUUAUGAUUUGAUUCCCAAAUAGCAUUUGAAAGCAAUGAACUUGUGUUCUGUUCUUGCCUAUGAACAAAAAUUUAUAUACAGUUAAAUAAAUUAUCAAUAAACAGAUUUUUUUUUUA